AUGAAUCCAGAUUGGAAUCACUACUUCCAGUUUGAACAUUCAAAUGACAGCGAGAGUGCUAUGCAGGACAUCGAAGACUAUCAGGUUAGGCUGCAGGACAUGGCGAAUGAAUUGCUCGAGAAGAUUGCCGCCUGGUCUGGGAGCAAUGUCAGCAGUAAAAACGUUCCGGGUGGAGAGCAAGUCGGUGGUAAUAGUGGCCUUUUUAAUGAUGACGAUGCGAGAGAGUCUGUGAGCAAGGGAUGUUGUAAAAGCAGCAGAGGGAGAAGGACUCGCAGAAAGAAUUGA